CCGAAAACCUAAAUUCCCAAUUUCAAUCUCUCCCUGCAAAUUUUCGCUCUCUAAUAAAAUCUUCAAAAGCAAACCUAAUAAUCAAUGGCGGAUGCUCACAUGGCCAACGCUGAGACCUUCGCUUUCCAGGCCGAGAUCAACCAGCUUCUGAGCUUGAUCAUCAACACGUUCUACAGCAACAAGGAGAUCUUCCUUCGCGAGCUCAUCAGCAAUUCGUCCGAUGCUUUGGAUAAGAUUAGAUUCGAGAGUCUGACGGAUAAGAGCAAGCUUGAUGCUCAGCCGGAGCUGUUCAUUAGGAUCGUGCCGGAUAAGGCCAACAAUACUCUUUCGAUUAUCGACAGCGGUAUCGGCAUGACCAAAGCAGAUUUGGUGAACAACUUGGGAACCAUUGCUAGGUCUGGAACCAAGGAAUUUAUGGAGGCAUUGGCUUCUGGAGUGUCUGAUGUGAGCAUGAUCGGACAGUUUGGUGUUGGUUUUUACUCGGCCUAUCUUGUUGCGGAGAAGGUCAUUGUGACUACCAAGCACAAUGACGAUGAGCAAUAUAUUUGGGAGUCUCAGGCUGGUGGUUCUUUCACUGUGACUAGGGAUGUGAAUGGUGAGCAGCUUGGAAGGGGCACCAAGAUUACCCUCUUCCUCAAGGAGGACCAGUUGGAAUAUUUGGAAGAGAGGAGAAUUAAAGACCUUGUGAAGAAGCAUUCUGAAUUCAUCAGCUACCCCAUCUACCUCUGGACUGAGAAAACGACUGAGAAGGAGAUAAGUGAUGAUGAAGAUGAUGAACCCAAAAAGGAGGAGGAAGGAGAUAUUGAGGAAGUUGAUGAGGAAAAGGAGAAAGAAGCAAAGAAGAAGAAGAAGAUCAAGGAAGUUUCUCACGAGUGGGAACUCAUCAACAAGCAGAAACCUAUCUGGCUCCGCAAGCCUGAAGAGAUUACCAAGGAGGAGUAUGCUGCAUUCUACAAGAGCUUGACCAAUGACUGGGAGGAGCACCUUGCCGUGAAGCAUUUCUCUGUUGAAGGGCAGCUCGAAUUCAAGGCCAUCCUGUUUGUGCCAAAGAGGGCUCCGUUCGACUUGUUUGACACGAGGAAGAAGAUGAACAACAUUAAGCUAUAUGUCAGGAGGGUGUUCAUUAUGGACAACUGCGAGGAGCUCAUUCCGGAGUAUCUUGGGUUUGUCAAGGGUGUGGUGGACUCAGAUGACUUGCCACUCAACAUUUCGCGUGAGAUGCUUCAGCAGAAUAAGAUUCUGAAGGUUAUCAGGAAGAAUCUCGUGAAGAAAUGCAUUGAGAUGUUCAAUGAGAUUGCAGAGAACAAAGAGGACUACACCAAGUUCUAUGAGGCAUUCUCCAAGAACCUAAAGUUGGGGAUUCAUGAGGACAGUCAGAACAGAGCCAAAUUGGCUGACCUGCUCCGAUACCACUCCACCAAGAGUGGUGAAGAUCUCACCAGUUUCAAGGAUUAUGUGACAAGAAUGAAGGAGGGGCAGAAGGACAUCUACUACAUCACCGGUGAGAGCAAAAAGGCAGUGGAGAACUCGCCAUUCUUGGAGCGCCUCAAGAAGAAGGGAUAUGAAGUUCUUUUCAUGGUGGAUGCCAUUGAUGAAUACGCUGUGGGACAAUUGAAGGAGUAUGAUGGGAAGAAGCUUGUUUCUGCUACGAAAGAAGGCCUAAAGCUUGAUGAUGAGACUGAGGAAGAGAAGCAGAAGAAAGAGGAGAAGAAGUCUUUUGAGGACCUUUGCAAGACAAUUAAGGACAUCUUGGGAGACAGGGUUGAGAAGGUUGUUGUUUCUGAUAGGAUUGUCGACUCUCCUUGCUGCUUGGUUACUGGAGAAUACGGCUGGAGUGCCAACAUGGAGAGGAUUAUGAAGGCCCAGGCGCUCAGGGACAACAGCAUGGGCGCAUACAUGUCGAGCAAGAAGACCAUGGAAAUCAACCCUGACAAUGGCAUCAUGGAGGAGCUGAGGAAGAGAGCCGAGGCCGACAAAAAUGACAAGUCUGUGAAGGACCUUGUGCUGCUGCUGUUUGAGACAGCUCUGCUGACUUCUGGAUUCAGCCUUGAAGAGCCGAACACCUUCGCCUCGAGAAUUCACAGGAUGUUGAAGCUGGGGCUUAGCAUCGAUGAAAACGAGACUGUUGAGGAUGCAGACGACAUGCCUGAGUUGGAGGAUGCUGCUGAGGAGAGCAAGAUGGAGGAGGUGGACUAAGCUGCCUCUGGCUUAUGGUGGUGCGAGGUUGUGGAUAUUUUCCAUCUUUCAGUAGUUGUGUGUGUUUGUGUUUAACAGGUUUUUGGGUAGAGGUCCUUUGGUGACUAAGUUUCUGAGUACUUUUUUAUGUUACAAUUGUGAACUCUCUUGAAGUUAAUAUAAUCUUGGUUUUCCAAAUAUCUAAUUUGUUCUUUAUUCAA